GUGUACGCAGGAUUUCCUCACUGCCUCCUUCUGGGCAACGCAGAAAGAUGCGUUCUUUUCCAAGUCGCAAGUGUGUCAAUUAAUCUGCCAUAGUACGAAGGGGCUCGAAAGAGUCAACUUUCCGCCACCUUGCAUCCUGAAACCUGUGGAAUUAUGGUCUGGGAAGCAGGUCUUUUCGUUGCUCCUGCGACCAUCGCGGAAGAACAGAAACCUGCUGAUAAACACGGAAAUCGCGGAAAGGAAUUUUAUGGCUUCAUCCAGUAAACAACUUUGACUUUCCAGAAUUUCGAAGAAUUCUGGUGGAUAUUGAUAAUCUUCAGACAGUUUCAGAAGAGAAGGGUGGAGCGGUCUUUUUAGGAGACAAACUUCAUGUUCAUGGACACGGUAUAUACUUAAAUUUCUAGAUGAUCCUCUUCUACUGGGCUUACCUCCGCAAGGUAGCUUAGAUCCAACCGAGCCUCGACAGCUCCCUCUUCCUCUAAUCUCUAUAGCAAAAAGGGGAAGAAUUUCUGCGAUAAGGAUGGUUACGUGGAAUGGCGAUCUUCAGAAUUGAUUUCUGGGAACUUGGGAAAGAAGACCCUAGGGGAUGGCGCGAAAACGGGAUUAUUCGCUAAACUAGUGCGCGACACAACGAACAACGUUGCUGCUCGUAUGAUGGGCCGAGUGUCAAGAUUUGCUGCUCGAUAUCUGCAGAAUUUAUGGAUCAAGAACAACUAAGUAGUACCAUUAAUCGUUCAUCUUUCUUCAGAUUUAGAUAAUCUCUUCUCAGUGCUGUCAGUGAGUCGUGUAAGUACCUCGAAGUACUUAUUUCUUAGGCUUUAUUUAUAGAAACAAUAUUGUACCUCCUCUAAGAACUAUCGGCUUCACAAUCGGCAUUGACGACGUUCAGCCUAACCCUAUUGUAAUGCGGAAAAAAGCGGAAAUUACCGCUCAAAAGAUGCAGUCCAUCGACCGCCAUAUUCGAGACUACAACAACGGCACUAUUCUUCUGAAACCCGGCUGCUCGGCCGAAACGACGCUAGAAUUAAGGCUUCCCGUAAUUCAUCUGGAGAAGCAUCUUACUUUGACACGUUUUCAACGGGAAGGAACGUCAAAGAUGCUGUCAAAGAUGAAUAAAAGUAAGGUCUAAUAGAAGCUUUGAUCAAUGGUGACCUGGGUGCCAUCCGACAAGAGACGGGCGAUAGCUGCAACGACGAUCUGAGUUUGAACAAUAAAGUCCAGGUGAUGACCACGUGUGGAUCGAAGGGGAGUGCGAUGAAUCUCUGUCAGAUGAUGGCUUGCUUGGGUCAGCAGAACGUCAGUGGAGCCCGAAUCAAAGACGGCUUCGUCAAUAGAACAUUGCCACUCUUCAAGUACUACUUUACACAAUAGUAUACAACUUGAUCAGGACCUUGUUAGACAACUAAGGCCUUUGAUUGAAUUCCUCUUGUAAUGAACUGCAGCAACUGGUGAUUCCUCUUGAAGACAGGUUGUAAUGAACUCCUGUGAACACAAACUAUACAUUCAAUGGUCAGGAGAAGUAAUGAUGAACAGAGGACCUGUCACGUCCGUAUCUUCCUCAUCCUCCGAAUGCAAUAUUGAAUGGUUCCGGUAUUUGGUGGCCUGAACUUGAUCACAAGGUUUCUCUUCAUCUUGUUUUCCCUUAUGAUCGAACUCAGGUUACCAAAUAGCGGGGACAUACGAAUUGCAAUAUAAAUUCUCCCUAAAUGAAUUAAAAUGUAAAUAAAUCCUGUUCAGGUAUCAUUCCAAGGAGCCAAAAGCCCGCGGAUUUGUCGCGAAUUCGUUCUAUUCUGGUCUCGAGCCGUAUGUUAAGGCUUCAGGGAAUCCAUCUUCAGAAGCAUCUUGGGACCUUCCUCCUCUAUAAAGACAAAACAGCAAGCGGAGGAUGACACUGAAGAUGGAUUCCAGGAAGCUCUAAGUAUGAAUUUUUUUUCCAUACUAUGGGUGGUCGAGAGGGUCUCGUGGACACUGCUGUCAAGACUGCGGAUACCGGUUACAUGCAACGUCGACUCGUGAAAGCUCUGGAGGAUCUGAGCGUUAACUACGACCUUUCCGUGCGGACGUCAAACGGCAGGGUCAUUCAGUUUGCCUACGGCGCAGACGGUCUGAAUCCUGGCGCGAUGGAGGGGAAGGAUCGCGUUUUGGACCUCAAACACACUCUGCACCACGUGCUGCGGGUCACCAGAGGGCCCUUGGGGAAGAAAACCAAGAUGAAAUUUGGCGGCUUGUCCGAAGCGGAGAGGGAAAAGUUGACUCCUGCACAGAAGUACGCGCACUCGCCGAUUCAGUUUCCGGUCAUGUCGAAGAUGACAGACACGUCGAUCCGAAAUUACUUGUUGCGACCGUUGACCGCAGAGCAAUUCGGAUCUUUGAGUAAGAAAGCGGUAAAAACCAUAGUGGACUGGAUCGAAUCGGCUUAUCCCAGUGCAACCGAUCUCGAGACUGGUGGGUUCUACAACGAACUAGACCAGUUUUUGAAAGCGGAGGGAUCACGAAUCGAGCAGGCGGAUUCGGCAAUCUCAAGACAGCAAGAUGAAAUGGAAGGUAUCGAGACUCUGGAUUCAAAGGCGAACGCGAAGGCGAAAGAAGAAGGAAUAACCGGCAUGUUAUCUUCUGGACCUUCUGGCACAUCACGACGGCCCCCACUGCGUGUCAACAAGACCAAAGCAAGAGCGGUUGGCUUGCACAAUAGGGACGCCUGUAUCACAAGACAUCAGUUAGACGAGUUCUUGCAUAGAGUAGCUACAAAGUACGUGCGUGCCUUACAUCAUCCGGGUGAAGCAGUCGGUGUAACAGCCGCACAGUCAAUCGGAGAACCUGCGACACAGAUGACGCUGAAGACGUUUCACUUUGCUGGUAAGACUUACAACUAAGUAAAAGAAAUGUGUUGUUGUUGGAGGUCGACAAUUGUAUUCAUCUCUUUAAAAAUCUUGUAGUUCUGGUUUUCCAACGAAAGAACAGAUAGUAUUAUUUAGCUAGUACACGUUCCACGUAUUAGACCAGGAUUUUCCUCGUUGCACAACCUUAUUCUUUUUUUUUGUUUUGUGCUAUCCCAGGUGUCGCUUCCAUGAAUGUCACGCUUGGUGUCCCGCGUAUCAAGGAGCUGAUGGACGCCGUAGGCAGCAUCAGUACUCCCGUUAUCACCGCACGAUUGGACAACGAGGCUUCGCCGACCUUCGCCAGACUCGUGAAAUCUCGUGUAGAACGAACUAAACUCGAGGAUGUCUGCAAGCAUCUAAAACUUGUGCUUUUGCCUUUAGCCGAAGACGUCGUUUGGACGCGGCAUUUGAAAGAGCUAGAGUCGCUGUGGCAAUUGCAGAAUGACAGACGUCCGGAAGCCAAAGUGCAAUGGGAUUUACUCCAGGAGGAGAUGAUUGAAAAUGUUAAGGAUUACAACAUUGCUCAUUGCAUUCUAAGUUGCCAUCCCUGACUUGCUUUCGAGUAGGAAACGACUUGUUUUCCCGUGGGAAGCGAGUCACGGAUGAUCUGAAGAUCAAGGAUGCAAUGUCGCAACUGACUCUAAGCAUGGGAGUUUCAAAGUAGAGCGUCCCGCAGUCUACCAAAUGCACGGAGGGGGCAUCUUUUUGCAGAUUAAAGUGAAUAAGGAAACCUUGACCAAGCUGCAGUUCGAGUUGACACCCAAAAUGGUAAUGCGCGCUAUUCGAUCGCAAUUACCGGCUUCCAAGUACAAAUACACCCUGUCCGAAGUGUCGUCGGACAAGAUACAUUUGUACCCCUACGGACCCUGUGGCUACUUCGACUUGAGCAUACUCAAGCAGCUGCUGCCGAGCAUAUACUUAUGGUGUCAAUGUCAAUGUUAACACAUGGAUUAAGAUCAAGAUGACGUCGAACAAUGAAGUACACAGGACGGCGUCGUGGCUGUAAUUAUCCUCCGUUCUUUAUUACCUAGCUGUAAAUAGUAGUUGCAUGGUGGUACUUAAGAACUUCAUCGCAUGAUCAAACUGAAAACUACUAAUAACAACUUUCCCUCCUAUCAAGUACUUAUUCCGUUCGCCAUUACUUCGACUUCAUCCGUUGUUGUCGUUCUCUCUCCUCCCACGUAGUAAGGGACAACUGGCCUGCUACAUGAACUUUCUCCUCAAGGACAUAAGAUCAGGGACUUCACAAUAUCGAGCCCCUACACUAUAUCCCUAUAUAUACACUAUAUAUGCAUCCCUAUAUAUAAAUAUGUACUAUAUCCCUCCUUCAUCCUUCGUUGGGGGUCUUCGUACGUGCGUUCGCGCGGUGAUCAACCAGGACAACAAGGGCGUCCACGAGUUGUUGGUGGAAGGAACGGGCCUCCAAGAGGUGAUGUGCACACCUGGGGUGCAGGGUUAUCGCACAGUCAGCAAUAACGUUUUAGAAGUGCGAAGAGUGUUAGGAAUUGAGGCAGCGAGGACAACGAUUACCAGCGAAAUCACAAAAGUCAUGGGCUCGCACGGAUUGCAGGUGGAUCACAGACACAUACAGCUGUUGGGAGGUACAGACAUACAACUUGUUGAUACAGUAACGCAGAUGCUUAGCAUGAUAUAUUGUAGUGAUUCUUGAUGUUGAUAAGUAACUACAACUACUCAAACAACACAAUCACAACAAUCUUCCUCCCACUCUUCAAAAUUACAAUCUUCACAAUAACAAUCUUCCCAACCUAACCACAACCCUCCCCACUCCCAAACAGAUACCAUGACCCAAAUGGGUGAAGUGUAUGGCAUGACGCGACACGGCAUCCAGAAGUUGAGGGCUAGUACUAUGAUGUUGGCAUCGUUUGAGAAGACAAAUGAUCAUUUAUUCGAAGCAGCCGCUGGAAGAAGGCGAGAUCCAGUAGUUGGGGUCUCGGAGUGCAUCAUCCUGGGAUCUCCGAUCAAUUUUGGCACAGGCAUGUUCGAUCUGCUGUAUUCGCCUUUGAAUGGCGGUGGAGGUGGUGCUGGAGGAAAUGGAGGAUUGACGGGAGUUGGUGCUGGUGGGAAAACUCUAACUCAUGGCUCUGGUUCUUCUAGGAAUGCAACUAGCUCCUCUAUGCUUCCACCAUUAAAACGCGCAAGGAAAGUUUAGAAGUAGAAUGGUGCGCCUCAAGCUCAACUUUUAUUACCUCAUCUCAAGAACUCCAACUCGACUAGCGUCAAUAAGUUUCACACCCCGAGACGAGCACUCGUUUUUCUUUUCGCAACGCAAUCUACCAAAGUUUGACAUCAAUGCAAUAUGCAUGCACAUCCACUCUGACCUAUGCGCAUUUCGCUAUUUUUUCUGAAUACAACUUACGCUUACUUACAACGCAUCUUGUGCACCAUAACUGCCAAGCGGGCUUUUGAUGGUUCCUCCAGCAAUAGGUUGGACUUAGG